UUCCUCCAGUAGCAGGACGAAUCGUCAGAACGCGCAGCAACUUCAUGCAGUCCAAGUAAGUACCACUGUCAAUACUGUCAGCGGAUCAAGUCCCGUAGCCACAAUCUUCCGGGCCGAUCGCUAGUAUCUCGUAACUUUACCACCCGGGUUAGAGCAAAGCCUCCCGUUUUGGGCUGGGAUAACCGGCGGACCAGGACUCGGCGCCGACCGAACUGGCGGAGCCGGACAACCCGAGCGCAGGCGCCGACCUACGAUCAUCGCUGGCUUUGGUCUGAAGCCCUAAGGAAGGGCGAAUAAAUAAAUUAAAUGUAGCUUUCCGGCUGACUUCCUGUCUGGUCGAGGAAAAUGAAAGCGAAAGCGACAGCCCAGUCUAGAGGAAAAAAUCAAUUGGAUUGUUAAUGGAGGAAAAAAAGUCCAUGGGGAGUCCAUAACACGCCAGAGGAAAGAUUAUGGUUCAGCCCCAGGCUCAGACGGGCAGUACCUUGCAGUGGGAGAUGGCAGGGGGAGAUGGCGUGGGCUCCGGCGGGCAGGGGUCGCUCCGGGUGCCGCCCGAGCUGGCGGAGAACGAGGUUGUCAGCAGGCUUUUCACGGACAAUCACCAACUCAGAGAAGCCUUGAGAAGGAGUAAUGUGGCUCUCAGGGAGAGAUGCGAAGAUAUGGAGAAAUGGCAGCAGCUAUCCAGGAAGGAGAAGGAGUUCCUCACCUGCCGGUUCCAGGAGGCCAAGGCGCUGGUGGAAAGGCUGUCCCAGGAAAAGCAGGACUUAUGGAGCCAGCUUAACCAGACGGACCCUCGUGCCCAGGCAGGAAGCCCCAUUCUGCCGCAGACAAACAAUCUCAAUUGUCUUGAGAAAUUGGAGGACAGGGAGGGAAAAGAAGAGGAUAGGACCAGUCAGCAGACACCCCCAGAGAGUGUGGCCUACUCCAGUGUCUGUAGCUCCGUCAGCACAGUCUUCCCAAGCCUAGCGGAGAGUCUGACUCCUCCGGAAGGGGAGGCCUGGGGAGAGGGAGAGGGUGGGGCAGGGAGCAAGCCCGCAGAUGGCUCCAAUCAGUUUCUGAAGCUGCUGAAGAGCCACAAAGAGAAGCUGGAGGAGAACCUGCGGGAGCUGCGGGACCAGAAGAAGGAGCUGGAGGUGCAGAAGGAGAAGGUUGAGUUGGAACGGGACCGGCUGCUGAGCACCAAUGAGCAGCUGCAGCAGAAACUGAUGCAAAUGCAGGGGGGCAGCGUCACUGAGGAGACCGUACAGCAGUCACCCGCAUGCGCUGAGGACUCUGACACGUCUCAGGUGGCCAAGCUCAUGGAGGAGUUACAGAUUACACAGUCCCGAUGCAGUGAGCUUCAAGAGAAGUACGACUCUCUCCAAAAGACCACAGCCCAGCUGGACAAAACGGAAGCUCGGCUGAAGCAGAGGGACAAGGAAUUUGAGCAGAUAACCAAAGACAGCGAGGCUCUGAAGGCCCAGGUGACCUCGCUGCUGGGGGAGCUUCAUGAGCGACAGAGCUGCCUGGACAAGAGCGAAGUGGAGGGCCGGCUGCUGCAGGAGAGGCUCACUGCCAAAACGGAGGCCCUGCAGAUCAAGGAGAGGGACAUGGAGACCAUGAAGAAGCAGCACAGUGUCACCGUGGACCAGCUGCGUCUGCAGAAUGAGAACAAGGAGACGGCGCUCAAGACAGAGAGGAUGUUAGUGACGGAGGAGAAGAGGAAGUUGGCCCAGCUACAGCAAGCCUAUACACAGCUGUUCACAGACUAUGACACUAAACUUCGGAACGGGGGCGAGGUGGAGGACAAGUUACGGGAAGCGGAGAUGGCUCUGGUCAUGAAGCAGGACCUCAUCGACAAGCUGAAGGAGGAGCUGGAGCAGCAGAGGAUGUCUCUGGAGACUGUGCCGGUCCUCGCCGCCCAGGCAGAAAUUUUCAAGGCGGACUUCCUGGCAGAGCGAGAGGCCAGGGAGACGCUGAACCAGCGUAAGGAAGAGCUGCAGGAGCAGUUGAACAAGGCUGUGGCGGAAAUCGAUCUACUCAAAGUCGGGGUCACCUCUCGAGCACGCAUGGAGGAGAUGCAGCAGAGGCAUAUGGGAGAGUACCGAGCUCUCCCCACUUCAGGAGGAAUGGUUUCAGAGGAGUUGCCUGAUUAUCGUUGCCCGAAAUGCCAGUAUCAGGCCCCGGAUAUCGACACCCUGCAGAUCCACGUCAUGGACUGCAUUCAAUGAUCCUUCCCAGGGGGUGGGAGGGUGUAUGCCGAGCGUGGGGGGGGCCAUGCUGAAGUGGGACUUUGUGUUUGGAGUUUCAGGGUCAGUGGAGAGUGAGUGAUGGUGUACUUCACAUCUCAGCAAAGAGGCACCUCUAAUUUUAUUUCAUUUUAUUUUAUCCUUUUAACAGACCAGAGAAACACUGAAUAAAUUCUACCUGUAACUAGAAAUAUCGUCUAUUAUUGCUUGAUACUUAUAAUUAUUUCCAUUGUUCAUAACUAACACAUCAAUGUUGCUAAUGUUUUCAUGCAUCAUCAUUCACAGGCUAAUUUCACACUUUACACAGCACAAGUCUUGCUAUGAAUGCCCAUGUUGAUUCUUGUCACCAUUAUGUCUUUCGUUUCAACUGAUAUCUUUAAGAAUGUACACUAUCGGUGCACCUGUAUUUGUCACGAGAAACAAUGUCAGAAUGAAGUCCGAUGUGCCGUAUUAUUUCCACUGUUAAGUUACUUUGUAGAAAUUGUCUUUAAUAAAAUUAUUGUUAAUAAAUU